UUUCUCUAUUAUAUAAGCUUAGGUGAGUACGUCGAUAAAUUCAGUUCUUGAGCUCUGCAGGACUGCCGAAGGCUGAAGCUUGGAUCAAAGUUUGGUGUCAUGGAAUCUCUGAAACAAAUACCUGCUAUGGUAUCAAAAAGGUUAUCAGCUUGGGCUUCUAUGGUUGUUUCCUUGAUUCUGAGAUUCUUCAGAUUUUUGUUUAUGGCCUUCCCCGGCUUCUUCAAGACUUGGUUAUCUGAUCCCAUGACUUUACAAAUUGAUGAAUACCAUGGAAUCAAUAGUCGUAACCAACUUUUCGGUGCCUUGGAGCUUUACUUGCAGAACAAGAUCAGCCCCUCCACUAGACUCCUCAAAAUUACGCAAACUCGGAAAGAUAGUAUUUUCAGCACCCAUUUUUCAGACAAUCAAGAAUUUGAAGAUGUGUUUGAAGAUAUUCAGCUCAAGUGGAAGUUCAAUAUCAUAUCUAAAGACUCCAAUCACCCUUCUGUAGCAUCCAAGAGAAAGCAGUACUUCCAACUUGCAUUCGACUUAGAACACAAGGAAAAGGUCAUGAGUUCUUACUUGCCUUAUGUUUUGGAGACAUUCAAGACCAUGAAGGAGGAGAGAAAGCUUGUCAAGCUGCAUACUCUUGUAAGAGUAGAUCCUUAUAAAAUCAGAUGGGUUUCAAUUACUCUCGAACACCCUGCAACAUUUGAAACUUUAGCUAUGGAUUUGGAGCUGAAGGCGUCUGUUUUGGAGGAUUUGGAAAAAUUUGUUAAGAGGAAAGAGUUCUAUCAAAGAGUAGGAAGAGCUUGGAAGCGAGGGUAUCUUUUAUAUGGGCCUCCAGGCACUGGCAAAUCGUCGCUUGUAGCCGCCAUGGCUAAUUACCUCAAGUUUGAUAUCUAUGACUUGCAGCUUACUCAUUUGAAAUCGGACAUGGAAUUGAGAAAGGCAUUGAUUGCAACAACAAAUAAAUCUAUACUUGUGAUUGAGGAUAUUGAUUGUAGUCAAGCAGAACUGCAAGAUCGAAACUCUGGUAAGGGCACUAGGAAAAAUGAGCCAGAAGGCCAGCAGAUUACGCUGUCUGGACUACUAAACUUCACAGAUGGCCUGUGGUCUAGUUGUGGAGAAGAAAGAAUCUUCAUAUUCACUACCAAUCACAAAAGCAAGCUAGACCCUGCAUUGCUGCGAUCAGGACGAAUGGACAUGCACAUUCAUAUGUCGUAUUGCUCGUAUGAGGGCUUCAAAACAUUGUCCUCAAAUUACCUUGCAAUUUCUGACCAUCCUUUGUUUGAGAAAAUUGAAAGCCUACUGAAGGAGACGAAGAUCACUCCUGCACAAGUUGCUGAGGCAUUAAUGAAGAGUGAAGAUGCUGAAGUUGCACUCCAGGGUCUGAUUACGGUUCUAAAGGAAAAGAGAUACAAGGGUGACGAGUAUCGAGAUGAAGGUGAAGUGGAGAACUUAACUUAUUUUAUUUGAACAAUAUCCAGGAAAUUAAUAAGCUGCAAUGAAACCAUAAGCAAGGAUUGAUAUUUUGGGGACAUAAUUUCUUGGAGAUAGAAUUCCCUUUCAUUUCAGUAUACACAAUCUUCAUAUAUAUGGGUUUAAUUCCUCAUUACUUUCAAUCCAUAGUGCUUGAUUAGAACUCAAGUACCCAAGUAAGCAGUUACCAUAAGACAAAAUAUGAAGAUCAGAACUACAAAGUACUAUGAAAAAGGUAUAAGGCUACAAGCUUAAGAGGUUUAGACCCCAGUAAUAAACAUCAAAUUGUUAGGUGAAUGAAGUAACUAUCAGUAACUGUGCCAUGAUUUCCAUGAACCUAUAUGCAUCUUAAUCUAAAAUAACUUAUGGAUGAUCCUCUGGUUUGAUAUAUGUCUCCAGCUCAUAACUACCUUUUGAUGCAUGUAAAUUAAUCAUCUCAAACAACAAAUCAUUUAUCUAAACAGAAUUUAAGUUUUUUAAUUGUGCGUGUAGAGAAGCCAAUAUUGUUUUAAUUAAGGAAGUAGAAUUGUGUGAGGAGAAAUUCUUCAGUGUCAAACAAGAAAAGAUAGAGGGAAACUAAAAAGGAGAGCCUUGAUUGUGAUCUCAUAAAUUUUCUGUAUCUUCUGGCAGAGGGAGAUACAGAAAUAAACCUACUUUGCCUAAACUAGAUAAAACCUUCUCUUUCUUACUUGCAUCUCUCCAGUUUCAUUUUUUUUUCAAUUCACAUGGAUUUUGGAUUUAAAACAGCUUCAAUGAUGUCCUAUACUGCAAACCCAAAGUAGCAAACAGAAAAUAAAAACAGCAAAAGUUUGUGCAGAAAAUUAACAUACAUGUAUACAACUUACCCAGUCCCAAAGCUAAUUGCCCUCGAAUGGACAUCCAACUGGACUUGACAAGCACCAUAAAUGCAAAAAUGC